CAAACAUGUGCUAACAUGGCGACUUUUCAUUAUUGUUCGCAACACCUUGUUAGAUAAUUAUUGCGUUGCUGGUAUGGGACUGCUGCUUCGGCGAGUGGGAUUCCUUUCUUUUUGACAUUUUUUCUUUCAUUUGGUUAUAGCCGUAAAGCCAGGUAAAUAAUGAGCGUCGACGCGUACGGGCCGAGCUCGCAAACGCUCACGUUUUUAGAUACUGAAGAAGCGGAUCUGAUAGGAGCUGAUACUCAAGGUUCAGAAUUUGAAUUCACUGACUUCACUCUCCCUUCUCAAAGCCAGACCCAGGCUUCCCAACAUGAUCAUGGACUGUCAUCCAACCAGGUAAACGGUCUUGGACGUGAUCUUACUUCUAAAGUAUCCAACGUCACUAAUGCGAUUGCAGAACUGCAAUUCGAGGAAGAAGAUGAAACUUUGUACAGCAGCAAAGAACUCCCUGACCAUGCAUGUAAAUAUUGUGGGAUCCAUGACCCAGCAACUGUGGUCAUGUGUAAUAUAUGUAACAAAUGGUUCUGCAAUGGACGUGGCAAUACAUCAGGUUCCCAUAUUAUAAACCAUUUGGUUAGAGCCAAACAUAAGGAAGCAGCUUUGCAUCGUGAUGGACCACUUGGUGAAACUCUUUUAGAAUGUUACUCUUGCGGUGCUCGCAAUGUGUUUGUACUUGGGUUCAUCCCAGCUAAAGCUGAUUCUGUUGUAGUGCUACUAUGUCGGCAACCAUGUGCUGCACAAAGUUCUUUGAAAGACAUGAAUUGGGAUCAAGAACAAUGGAAGCCUUUGAUUUCUGAUCGAGCCUUCUUAUCUUGGCUGGUAAAAGUGCCAUCAGAAGCUGAGCAAAUGAGAGCACGCCAGGUUACACCACAACAGAUUGGCCGUCUUGAGGAAUUGUGGCGUGACAAUGUUGAUGCCACUUUCCAAGACCUGGAGAAACCUGGAGUGGACGAAGAACCUAACCAAGUCUUGUUGAGAUACGAAGAUGGUUAUCAAUACCAAAACAUCUUUGGUCCACUAGUAAAAUUGGAAGCUGACUAUGACAAGAGACUGAAAGAGUCUCAGACUCAGGAGGGAAUCGAGGUGCGCUGGGAUGUAGGUCUCAACAAAAAAACCAUUGCUUACUUUACACUGGCUAAAACUGACAGCGAUAUGAAAUUGAUGCAUGGUGAUGAACUGAGACUGAGAUAUGUUGGUGAACUGCACAAGGCGUGGUCAGGUGUGGGACACGUUAUCAAAGUGCCUGACAAUUAUGGCGACGACGUCGGACUAGAGCUCAAGAGCGGCGCGGGCGCUCCCCUAGAUUGCACGUCAAACUUUGUCGUCGAUUUUAUUUGGAAGAGCACCUCUUUCGACAGAAUGCAGCUGGCUCUGCGAAAAUUCGCCGUGGACGAUUCGUCUGUGUCUGGUUACAUCUACCGUCGCCUGCUCGGUCAUGAAGUUGAAGAAGUCUUGUUCCGCGUACAUCUACCUAAGCACUUCAGUGCGCCCAACUUACCUGACCUCAAUCGUUCUCAGGUUUACGCCGUGAAGCACGCUCUGCAGCGGCCGCUGUCGCUGAUCCAGGGUCCACCGGGCACCGGCAAGACGGUGACGUCCGCCACCAUCGUGUACCAGCUCGUGCGGCAGAACGGCGGGCCGGUGCUCGUGUGCGCACCCUCCAACACCGCCGUGGACCAGCUCACCGAGAAGAUCCACCGUACCGGCCUCAAGGUAGUGCGCCUGUGUGCCAAGUCCCGCGAGGCCAUGGAGUCUUCGGUGUCCUUCUUGGCUUUGCACGAACAGGCGCGCGCGCUCGGCUCCGCGGACAGUGAGCUGCGCAAGCUCACGCGGCUCAAGGAGGAGGCCGGCGAGCUCUCAGCCGCCGACGAGCGCCGCUACCGAGCGCUGCGCCGCGCCGCCGAGCGCCGCCUGCUCGACGCGGCCGACGUGCUGUGCACCACAUGCGUCGGCGCCGGUGACCCGCGCGUCGCGCGCAUGCGCUUCCAGUCCAUCCUCAUCGACGAGGGCAUGCAGUCCACCGAGCCCGAGUGCAUGGUGCCCGUCGUCCUGGGCGCGCGCCAGCUCAUCCUCGUCGGCGACCACUGCCAGCUAGGGCCCGUCGUCAUGUGCAAGAAGGCCGCUAAAGCGGGCCUCAGCCAAAGCCUCUUCGAGCGGCUAGUCGUGCUCGGUAUCCGCCCGUUCCGGCUCGAGGUCCAGUACCGUAUGCACCCGGAGCUGUCGCGGUUCCCGUCAGACUUCUUCUACGAGGGCUCGCUGCAGAACGGCGUCAGCGCCGAGGAGCGCCGCCUGCCGAAGAUCGACUUCCCGUGGCCGCGGCCCGACCGCCCGAUGUUUUUCUACGUGACGCAGGGACAGGAGGAGAUCGCCGGCUCGGGCACCUCGUACCUGAACCGGACUGAGGCCGCGAACGUCGAGAAACUGACCACGCGCUUCCUGAAGGCAGGCGUGCGUCCCGAACAGAUCGGCAUCAUCACGCCGUACGAGGGCCAGCGUUCGUACCUCGUGCAGCACAUGCAGUACCAGGGCAGUCUGCAUGCAAAGCUCUACCAGGAGAUCGAGGUCGCGAGCGUCGACGCAUUCCAAGGCCGCGAGAAGGACAUCAUCAUCAUGUCCUGUGUCCGCUCCAAUGAGCACCAGGGCAUCGGCUUCCUGAGCGACCCGCGUCGCCUCAACGUGGCCCUCACUCGUGCUAAGUACGGCCUCAUCGUCGUCGGCAACCCGAAGGUGCUCAGCAAGCAGCCGCUGUGGAACCACCUGCUCGCAUUCUACAAAGAGCGGCGUGUGCUCACCGAGGGCCCACUGUCGAACCUGAAAGAGUCCGCGAUCCAAUUCGCGAAACCGAAGAAACUGGUGAACGCGCAGAACCCCGGCUCCCACUUCAUGUCAACGUCCAUGUUCGACGCCCGCGAGGCGCUGGUGCCGGGCUCGGUGUACGACCGCGCGCGCGUGCCGCGGGACCCGCUUGCGUACGUGGGCCCCCCGCGCGCCCCGCACGUGCCCGUGCCCCCCGCGCUCUUCCCCACCCCCCACGCCACGCACGCAUCCUCGCCCGCAGCCCGCGCUCGCCGCCGCCCGCCGCGUCUAUCGCAGGAGCCGCUGUCGCAGCAGCCGCCCCUGUCGCUGUCGCAAGGCGCGUCGCAGCCGGACUUCAGCCAAGAGUCGCUGGCGCCGGACUGUCCGUCACAGCCGGACGGUCUGCUGUCACAGGACUCGUCGUACCAGGGCGGGUUCAGGGCGCGCGGGGGGCCGUACUGAGCGCCGGGGCCGGACUCGGGACCGACCUGCCCGCCGCCGCCGCCUAUCACUCCGCGCGGAGCCUCUCCGCGAUAAUUCUGAUGCGUUAAAAUUCACCGUAUUCGAGGGACGGACGGGGUGCGAGUUCGCGAUGACACACAGGAAAACUAAUGCAGGAUAUCUCGAUCGGACGGUGGCGCGGAGCGGCCUCCGCUCGUUCGAUCGACCGACGGCCUCCGAGAGAGAACGGUGGAGUAGUCCCCCGCCCUCGGUGGUCCCCCCGCAGUAACGGAGCGGCGGACUCGUUCGCGACACGGUCGGCGCGGUGCCGUCCUGCCGUUUAGAGUCCGAACAUAUCUCCAUCUCGUCUGCUUCGGCGCAUCUCAUCGAACGUGAAAUCGGAUCUCCUGUCACGUACGAUUCCAUCUCUUGUUUUUUUUUUAGUUACCAACAAAUUUCACGAUGAAAUAUUCCGAGCGACGCCCGCUCAUCCACAAACCAUAUUCGUUCAUCACGGAGGUCUCAUUAUCCCCAUUUCUCGAUCCCUUUGACGAUAUUUUAAAAUAUACAUAACUUAAUAAGUCCAAAAACUCAUUUAAAUAAACGGGACAAUGUUGUUGCUUUUCCUUCAUAUUGUUCCAUAAAUUACUCCAGAAAUCACGAUCGAGUAGUACAUCAUACUUAUAAAUAUUUCACUUUAUCCAAAAAAAAUAUCAUAGAUGCUGUGAUAAAUAUUAGAAAAAUUACAAUAACCAAAUAUUU